UCACUCUUUGAGAGCAGGUUAGAAGCGAAGAAAUCAGGUAAUGAAGCUAUGUCCUAUGUUUACAAGAUACUAAUGAAUUCCCUAUACGGAAGAUUUGGUAUUAACCCUAAAAGCACGACCACCGAGGUCUGCGAUGAAUAUCGAUACAAAAAUUUAAUCAGGAAUAGUGAGUUGAUAUUCGGCGAUAUGCUUAGCGAAAAUACCUACAUCGUUGCCUACCAUAGCAAUACCGAUAAGGGCGAUGAUUAUUGGAAUCCACCGAAGAACUCCGCUGUCCAACUAGCUGCUACGAUAACAGCCUCCGCUAGGAUCCAUAUGUAUCCUUAUAUCUCAAGAGAGGACUGCUACUAUACUGACACUGACUCAGUUGUGCUUGGUCACCCUCUACCUAAUGAAGAGAUUUCUUCUUCUGUCUUGGGCAAGUUUAAGCUAGAGGACAGAAUAAUAAAAGGAUACUUUUUAGCACCGAAAUCCUAUUUCUACAGCUCAAUAGAAGGGCAAAAUGUACUCAAGUACAAGGGACCAGCGAAAAACCUGGUCAUGCCGGAAUGGUUUGAGAAACAGUACAAAAACCCAUCUCAUACGGAACAGGUAUCGGUUGAAUCCAAAUUCUGAAUUGAUUGGCAUACU